UUCAUCAAACAUAAAAUUGAUCCCAAAGUUUGGGGAGCGAAAAUGAAGGUUUUAGUGGUUACACGUAGCGGCAAAGAACUCAUCAAGGGUGGACUUGAACUCAAUGAGUCGGCUACAGUUGCUGAUCUGCAGGAGGCAAUUCAUAAACGAACCAGAAAAUACUAUCCUUCUAGACAACGACUCACUCUACCUAUUCAACCUGGUUCAAAAGAGAGGCCAACUGUUCUUCACUACCAGAAGAGCCUAAAUGAGUAUACUAAAGGUAGCACAAGCGAAUUGACUGUAGUUUUCAAGGAUCUAGGUCCACAAGUCAAGUAUAGUACUCUUUUCUUCUUUGAAUAUCUGGGGCCUCUGCUACUCUAUCCUAUCUUUUACUACUUCCCAGUCUACAAGUUUUUUGGUUACAAAGAAGAGCGUGUUAUCCACCCUGUCCAGACUUAUGCCUUGUAUUACUGGUGUUUCCACUACUUCAAGCGGAUCAUGGAGACCUUCUUUGUGCACCGUUUCAGCCACGCCACUUCUCCAAUUUCCAAUGUUUUCCGGAACUGUGCCUAUUAUUGGUCUUUUGGAGCUUUCAUUGCUUACUUCGUGAAUCAUCCUCUUUAUACUCCUGUUAGUGAUCUCCAGAUGAAGAUUGGAUUUGGAUUUGGGAUAGUUUGUCAAGUGGCAAACUUGUAUUGUCAUUUAUUGUUGAGAAAUCUUCGAAGUCCCAGUGGUAAUGGAGGUUACCAAAUACCCCGUGGCUUCUUGUUCAAUAUUGUCACCUGUGCAAAUUACACAACAGAGAUCUACCAGUGGUUGGGCUUCAACAUUGCUACUCAGACUGUUGCUGGCUAUAUCUUCAUGAUUGUUGCUGCUAGCAUUAUGACUAACUGGGCUCUUGGAAAGCAUCGUCGUCUGAAGAAGCUCUUUGAUGGAAAGGAAGGAAGACCAAAGUAUCCUCGACGAUGGGUGAUAUUGCCUCCUUUCCUGUAGACCAUUUCCUCGACGAUGUGAGAAAAAGCCCAAGACUUAUUUAUUUAGUUGAUCAUUUUCUAUGAACCUGCAAACUUUUGAAGGUUUAUGUUUCUCACUAAAGGAAGCAAUACUCAGAUUUUUCUUUUGUAUUACUGUUCCAUGUCUUGCCUCUUUUUAAUACCAAAUGAUCUGACUUCCAUGAUAUUUUGUAGUUCCCACUUCUUUGUGAUGGCUUCAAGAACCAUCUUUGUUUAAUCUAUUGUUUAUGAGUUAUGAAA